AUGGCUACGACUUCCUCAUAUGCUAACAUAGUUAGCAAUGUUCCGAGGUCUGUUGCCAAUAGUACUAGUACUGUCAACAAGAAAACAGACUUUGUACCUGCUACGACUUUAUUAUCUGCAAAUAACAGAGUGGAUGAUGAAGGAUUUUUUACACCCAAAAAUAGCGCAAAGAAGCGGUCAUCAUCCGAAUCUGAAAAUGUUUCUAAUGCUAUUGCUAACUCUUCCUCUUUGAGUUCUCGAACCAAAAAAGUUGCUUUACAGACACCAUCACCACCACCUAGAAAAGAAAAAAAGAAAUCAAAUAUUAAUAAUAAUAGUAAUAAUAAUAAAAAUAAUAAUAACAACAAUAAUAAAUUAAAGUCUGCUGCUGCUGGGGCUAACACCCCUUCACCACCACCUAGAAAAGAAAAAAAGAAAUCAAAUAUUAAUAAUAAUAGUAAUAAUAAUAAAAAUAAUAAUAACAACAAUAAUAAAUUAAAGUCUGCUGCUGCUGGGGCUAACACCCCUUCAGCAAUUCCUAUUAUUACUCCUAAAGUAAAACCAGGCAAAAUAUCUUUAUGUAAAGAACCCCCUCAGGACAGGGAAUCCACAGCGACCCUGGCGGAAUCCAUGGACGCCAUUGAAAACAUCGCAGAUACCCAACUUCUUAACGAGAUGCUGGGUAGCAUGACUCCCUGUCGAUCCACCGACGGGGAGGGUUUUGGUUCGGAGGAGGAGUCUUGUGAAGACUCUCCAACUUGA